AUGGCAUUAGACUUUGAUUCGUCGGUUCACUCCUGGAGCUUUUUGCCUUACCAUAUUGUAAAGCAUAUAUAUAGUUAUUUAGGCGAUGAAGUUGUUUACGUUUCUACCGUAUGUAAACGCUGGCGUGGGGUCGCAUACACCGAUAGAUCUAUAUGGAAGAAACUACAUAUAUGUCCUCCUAAUUUUCCAGAAGUUGAAACUCUCAAGAAUCAGAUUAUCCCCAUGAAAAUUUGUAACGAGAUUUCGCUUGAAUUUGAUCCAAGGGAUGAGUCUCAUGUUGCUGUUUUGGAAUACACACUGAAUACUUUGUGCUCGAAUGCUGGAAUACAUUCCAUUUCUUUACGACCGACAUUAAAACUUUUAUACAAUAAAUCCUCUUCAAAUAUCUCGAACCGACUUUCAAAGAAAAUAAUAAAUGCCUUAUGCGAGGUCAUUAUGAAUGCUAAGUGUUUAAAAAAUUUUUAUUGGGGUGGAACUUAUUGUGGAAGUUAUGAAGUCAGCCGUGUAUUACAAUCAUUGACAAAAAAUCAAAAGCAUAAUUUAUUAUCAUUACAAAUUAUCAGAUUAUUUCAAAUCAAUCAAUCCAUGUCAUAUUUAAAUACAAGAUUAUUUAUAUUUUCCAACCUCAACCAGUUUUCUAUUAAUUACCUAAAUCUUUCGGAGGAUAUACUUUUAAUUUUAUCGAGAAAUUCAAACCAUCUUCGUAUUUUAAAACUUUUUGUACAAAACAAUGUUCAAGAUCUUCCUAUAAUUCGAAAUCAAAUUUGGAGACAUGUGCAUGAAAUACUUCCUAAUUUGCGUGUGACUUUAUUCCUAAUUUGUGUAAACGAUCUCAAACAAUCAACAAUCCAUUCGAAUUCAACCAAUCAACGAAUGUCUUUCAUACAAAAUACUACUCAAGAACUUGAUAAUCAAUUACCACUACCAUCAUCAUCAUAUUCAUCGAUGUCGCCAUCCCGUUCUGUCACUUCUACGUCCUCAUCGCCAACGUCUUCGUCUUCACCGCAUAUACCGGUGCAAUGUCGACUAGAAAAUGAACGUGAACAACACUUAAGGGGGGAGUGUCAUCAUCCAUAUGGUGAACAGAAUCAAAUUUAUCAAUUACUUUCAACCAAACUUUUGCCUUCUGCUUUGCCUUUAAAUUCAAUUUAUAUAUACUAUUGUAAACCAGAUCCAUUGUCUUAUCUUAUACAAUAUUUAAUGGAUACAUUUGCUAUGAGUUUAGAGCAUUUCUAUCUAAUUGAUACUUUCAAUAUAAUAUCUGUGAUGUCAAACAAUUCUAACGGUAUUUUACAUAAUAAUUCUCAUUAUACAGAAUAUACUACCAUUACUACCAGUAGUAAUAGUAAUGGUAAUGAUAGUAAUAAUAAUGAUGAUAAUAAUAAUGGCAAUAUCAUUAGAUUUAUUGCCAAUACACCAGCAACAAUGUCUUAUGAUGCUGUUAUUAAUUAUGACAAUUACGACUGUGUUGACUCUGAUUAUCAGUCAAUGUUCAGUUCUUAUUCCUCACAUCAUUCAUUAUUACUGGAUAGUACAAGUGAUUUUGAUAUAUUGAGCUGUGAUUCUUCCUAUGAUCUAUUUGAUUAUGAAGAUAAAAGUUGUAAUAAUAAUAGUAAUUAUUACUCAGGUAAUUUUUUGCUGCCCGUUUCAGCCAGUCUAUCUUUGACUUCAUCAUCUUCGUUUUUACCGGUACCGUCAGGGUCAUGUUUGUCUGAUGAUAAAAUACACCAAUCAUUGAUAGCACCAAUAUCACUUCAUAAAAUGGUUGAACAAAUUGAAUACUCUUCUAAUUCAGAAAUUAUAUUACCAAAAAAUGAGAAUGAUAGUUUGAGCAUAAUAAAAUCAACUGCGUGUGAGGAAAGUGCUAUCAAUAAGGGCGGUGGUAGUGAUACAAGCGUUGUAUCUCAUCCAGCGCUCAUUUCUACGCAUGAUAUUAUCAAUACAACUAAAACCAAUGUUAAUGACUAUUGUGAUUAUUUACCUUACGAUUGUAAUUAUUAUUCCAAUUUUUCCGAGGCUUCACAAUCAUCUACUUCAUCAAAUCUUGUUUUUUACUCACCAAAUUUGUAUAAAGCGCCUGAUGAUGUCAAUCCUGACCCGUUUGUUAUGUUAGCAUGGAGAUGUCAACAAUUGUCGCAUUUUACACUAAUUGGUUACUGGUUUAAUAUUGUGGAUAUGAAAGCUUUUACAGCUCUUCGUGGUACGUCACUCAAAUCUUUUCGUAUUCCUAGUUGUUGUAUUUCUAUUGAUGAUCAAUCUUGGCCAUUUAAUUUGGAUGAGAAUUUAAAUGAAAUGUCACGUAAUGUGGGCUACAAAUGGAUACCAAUGGAAGAUUUAUACUUGCCCUCUGUUGUUUGGAAUCAUCAACCUCCUGAUUCUACCGCGUGUUUCUAUGAAAUUCAAAAUUCCUGUAGUCUAGAUAGUGUUGAUGAUUAG